AGGAGACGCGUAAGUUACAACUGAAAUAUCUGAUCAUCUUCGAUUAAAGUGGUCGCGUAAUUGCAACGAACAUUUUCAAUGAAAUCGUUGAAGUAUCGUGGAAAAAGGAAAAAAUAUAGAAAAAUGGUGGUAAGCCGAACGGCCAGUAGCGGACAAUCGAGUUCCGUAGCCCGGAUAUGGAAAGGAUGCGGAAGAGCCGAAGUAGAACGUGUCGACAGAAGCAACUGGCACGGGUUUCGAUUACGUUGCAAUUCCACGAGAUCGUCGGUGUCUGGUGUGCGUUAGAAACGAUCGAAACAACGACAGUUCGUAGACUCUACGAUCAACAGGAAGGAGUAUCGUUUACAUAGAGGAAAGAGGCGUGCACGAGCCGAUUAUAAAUAACGUCAGCGUAAAAAUUAGAAUUACCAAGUGACGUAGACUUUAUUGAAACAAGUGUUCUUGCCAAAUCUGGCUCGUCGUGAUAAUAACUAGAAUCAACUGACACAAAACCGAGUAACGACAAUUUCCUAUUAAUGAUAUGUAAAAAAGAUUCGUCCGUCGUAAAUAUUCCGUUCGCGGCAACACAUUACGACUACCACUGCAACGAGCGGCAUGAAUAAACCUUAUUUCUAACAAGUUAUCGGAUGAAUGAAUCCCUUCAUAAAUGAUGAACGUUAAAAGGCAUCGAAAAGGGACGAUACUUAUCUCGACGACACUGGCACCCACGUGUCCUGUCGGCGGUCGAAAAUUCCUUCCUGAAUCCGGCCGUCCUUCGAGCGACAACAAUUGCACAGAAACGAUCAUGCAACGGUUGAUCACGUAUCAACUCGGUUCCGCGAGGUAACUGGCAACAUCUCUAGAAUCACGUCGAAUUAUUUCGAGUGUCGUGAAGAAGUCGUGCAGGCAACUGGAACCGGCAAGUGGGUCACUGUCAUUCCCUGUAGAUGAUUUACGAGAAGGAAGUCGCGAUCGGAUACGGUGUCUCCAUCUCUGGCACGAUCGGCACGCUGACCGCGACAACUCGACGUUGCGAAGCACUGGAAAGAACUGGCCAACCAGGAGGCCACGAAACGAGAUUCCUGUUAUUCCUUCCUCCUCUUGGGUCCGCCGUUGCCUUGCCUUGUCUUGCCUUGCCUUGCCUUGCUUUGCCUUGCCUUGACUUGCCCUGGCAACGUCAUCGUACGCGAUCAUCGUCGUGGCUCGUCAUCUGACUCUCUGCUGAGUCUGACGUCAUUCGAGGAACUUGAACCUCCGGAGGUCCUACAAUUUCGCAAUUCAAAUCGGCGCUGGACAGCAUUUUACAGGAGCUUGUAAACAGUAUCACUCCGAUAUUCACUGGUCACUGAUGAUAUUGCAAGCGUAACGUUUCAGAGAUUUAUAAUAAUCUCGAGAAACGAGAAGAAAGGCCCAUGUACAGGGAACAAUAACUGCUAUUUGGCACAGUUUCGAACACGGUUUUCUGUCAUUUCUCACUAGGUCAUUGCAUCCUUUUAUCGACUUAGCAAUGGUAAUUCCUUUUCUCCAACGUACUCAUGUGUACCUGCUUUUUCCCCGCUAUUCUUUGUUUGCGAAGCAUUCCUUCGCCCUCGACAAAGAAUAGAAGACUCAUGCGACCUUCUCAAGGUGGUGCUGCUGCAAUCACGUGGUUGAACACGAACAAUUCUGCGCACUCCAUGUGACUGCAUGAAAAGAACCGCCAAAUAGUAUUCGGAAAAUCAACGAAAUUAAAGUGAAAUUGUUUUAAAAAACUUUAUAAUGACUAAAAUUUGUUGCAUAUGUGAUAAAACAGAUUGUUCGUACAAGUGUCCCAUAUGCAAAAUACCAUAUUGUUCUGUAGUUUGCUAUAAGGAGCAUAAAGAAAGUAAUUGCCAGCCAGAGGAAUCUCAGCAAGGUGAAGUUAAAGAAGAUAAACCAGAACUUAUCAAGUAUGAAUUUCCUACAGAGGAUACAGUUCCCAUUGAAAAACUAGAACAAUUGCGUUAUAAUGAGGAUUUGAGAAAUUGUUUAAAGAAUCCUCAUGUAAGAAAUAUCAUGCGUGCAAUUUUGACUGACAAAAAUCCAACAAAGGUUAUUGCUUUGGCUAUGACUGAACCAAUAUUUGUGGAAAUGGCAAAUGAGUGCUUAAAAGUUGUAGAACCACCAGUUGAUGAUCAACCAUGUUGAUACGCAUAGAACUGCAUAAAGUUGGACCAAAACUGGACCAUCAUUAUAUACUGUGAUACUAUUGAAAUUGGUACAUUACAAAGGAAGGUAUAAAAAUGACAUACUCCUUACAACCUUAUGUUACAAUACUAAUUUUAGGAUAGAGAGAUACCAAAUUAGAAUAAGUUUUCCAUCAAUCUUUUUAUCAAAUGUUUAUUAAAAAAUUAAUUAAUUUAUGUAAUUAUUAAACGUGAAAGUACAUAAAUGUACAUUGAUGAUAAUUUGACAUUUUAACACAUACAUGUACAGACAAAUGACACUUUUUUAAAAAAUUUGUUUACAAAAAAUUGCGAAGUGUUAAAAAAGAUAUUAAUAAUGAAACGAAAUGUAAUUUUCGAGAUCCGUCGGUAUAUCUGUCCCAUCUAGUUCCUUUUGGAGGGAGUGAUAUCUCUUCCUAACGUGAAAUGCUGCCAUUUUUGGUUGUCUCUCCCUCGUGAAUAUGCCUUUUUUAUUGCCGCCUACUCUAAUGAAUGCUAUAUACGAAUCUAAUUAAGUUUUAUUGUCAUUUGAUUAAAAUUUCUUAUAUCGAAUUAUAAUUUCUUAUAUUCACUUACUUUGAGCUGUUCUGAAAUCUGCAAAAUUCCAAAUAAAUUCUCCAAUGAAGAAACCUUUGUUUCUUAAUUGAUCGAAAGCUUUGAAAUGUCUAGAGAACACUUCUUUCUGAUAUUCUUCGCUCCAUACAUAUUCGGGCAACUAAAAGAUUGUAACAUAAUAUAGUGCAACAAAAUUAAUGUAACAUCGAGCGUAAACCUCGUAAACCUGAAUUUUUAAAAACUAUCAGAUAUAAAAAAUUAAAGAAAAAGAAAAUGUAAUCGCUUUUUGAUUCUUUUGAAAUAUUGUAAUUAUUAAAAAACAUACUUCGUGUAAUCCAGACAUAGUAUCAGCUCCAUACUCGGACAUAAGUACAGGCUUGUUAUAUUUUUUAUUCCAGGCCUCCGCUUCUCCUAUAACUCGGUUCGUUAUUGUAUCCAAUCUACCUGGGUUAUUGUACCAAGCAUUGUAACGAUUAAAACUAAUCACAUCAAGAUAUUCCCCGGCCUUAUCCUCCUACAAAUGAAUCGUCCUCGCUAUAGUUAUAUUGUAUUAAUCGAGUGUUUCAUAUUUUUUAAGGAACGUAGGAGCAACAGCUUCGUGGAGGUUCAUGUAUUGUGAAGAUGUAAAAUAAUAAAAUAAAAGUAACCUGAACUGAUCGUGCCAUAGCAAUAGUAACUGGCCUGGUAGGAUCGAGUGCUUUCGUGUGAUGAGCCACCUGUUUAAAAUAUUCUCCAGCUUCUGAUAGCUGCGUCCUAGGCUCGUUUGCGAUCGACCACAUGAUCACCGAAGGACGGUUCUUGUCUCUCCUUAUAAGCUCGGAUAAUGAGUCCUUAUGACGCGAAAGGAGGAUAGGCGUAAAGUUCUCGGUGUCCACGGACGGGCACUCGUCGAUAAUCAAAAAACCUAAUCUUUAAAGAAAUAAAGUAAAAUGUUAUUAGUCCUGAAA